GGUCCGGGCUCAGCUCGCUCCCUCCUCCUCCUCGUCGCCGACCGUCUCUCCAGCGCUCCGUCCUCCAGCAGCCAGCAUGGUGCACUGGACGCCCGUACAGAAGCAGCUGAUCACCGCCCUCUGGAGCGAGGUGGACGUGCUCGCAGUGGACGUUGCCAGCCUCGGGAGACUGCUGGUGGUGUACCCCUGGACCCAGCGCUACUUCGCCGACUUCGGGAACCUCUCCGGCCCCAGCGCCAUCUCCGCCAACCCCCUGGUCAGGGCCCGCGGGAAGAAGGUGCUGAGCACCUUCGGGGAGGCCGUCAAGAACAUUGACAGCAUCAAGGAGACCUUCUCCAAGCUGAGUGAGCUGCACUACGAGAACCUGCACGUGGACCCCGAGAACUUCAGGCUUCUGGGCGACAUCCUCGUCAUUGUCCUGGCCGGCCACCAUGGGGAAUAGUUUACCCCCAGCACCCACGCCGCCUUUCAGAAGCUGACCAAUGUGGUGGCCCACGCCUUGGCCUACCGCUACCACUAGACCUCCCAGUAGGCAUGGCAGCCGCCUGCCCCCCCUCGCCAUGCCUGGAGCCCCUCCUAGCCCACGGAUGACGCAAUAAAAGUUCUCCCCAGAACAA